UCGCUCCCCUUUCCGAUCUCUAUGAUACCGUACGCUCGGCUCUGCAGUCCCCCGGCUCUAUGGUACCUCUUUCCGGUUUCUCGUAACGCACUCGCGCCUCUCUAGGCCACCUCUAGCUCUGUGGUGACGGAGGCCGCAGUGGCUGUCUGGUCUGAAAAGAGUGGCGGGAGCAGCUCUACUCCCUCCACACCUACUCGGGAAGCGCGGCUCGCUUCCCCCUGGCUGCGAAGGGCUGUCGGACGCCCGGACCCCGCCACAAAGCGCAGGUUGACUUCGCGAGCCUUGCGGGCAUUGAUCCGGAGUUUUAUUGUCGAAUCUCAUCAGGUGUUUCGCGAUCCGCAGCAGCAGGUGUCGGCACCGGGAACGUCCCUUGGGGCCAGAUGAGCAGUGGACAUGCCCCUCCUAACUCCACAGAUCCAAGAUGAGAAUGAUUACAGCUUAGUGGCCAGCCUUGACAACGUUAGGAAUCUCUCCACUGUCUUGAAGGCUAUUCAUUUCCGAGAACACGCUACCUGUUUCGCUACUAAAAAUGGAAUCAAGGUUACAGUGGAAAAUGCAAAGUGUGUGCAAGCAAAUGCUUUUAUUCAGGCUGGAAUAUUUCAAGAGUUUAUAGUUCAGGAAGAGUCUGUUACUUUUCGAAUAAAUUUAACUGUCCUUUUAGACUGUUUAUCUAUAUUUGGAUCAAGUCCUAUGCCAGGGACUUUAACUGCACUGCGGAUGUGUUACCAAGGUUAUGGUUACCCUUUGAUGCUCUUUCUGGAAGAAGGAGGGGUGAUGACAGUCUGUAAAAUCAAUACUCAGGAGCCUGAGGAGACUCUGGAUUUUGAUUUCUGCAGCACCAAUGUUAUUAAUAAAAUUAUUCUGCAGUCAGAGGGGCUCCGUGAAGCAUUUUCCGAAUUGGAUAUGACGAGUGAGGUCCUACAGAUCACCAUGUCUCCCAACAAGCCUUAUUUCAGGUUAUCUACUUUUGGGAAUGCAGGAAGCUCCCACCUUGAUUAUCCCAAAGAUUCUGAUUUGAUGGAAUCAUUUCAAUGUAAUCAGACCCAGGUCAACAGAUACAAGAUUUCUUUACUGAAACCCUCUACAAAGGCAUUAGUCCUAUCUUGUAAGGUGUCUAUUCGAACAGAUAACCGAGGAUUCCUCUCAUUACAGUAUAUGAUUAGGAAUGAAGAUGGACAGAUAUGUUUUGUGGAAUAUUACUGCUGCCCUGACGAAGAGGUUGCUGAAUCAGAGUCUUAAGUAUGGCAUUCGCUGUGAUAGCUAUCUUGACAUUCAUGAUCUGUCACAUUCUCGUUCUGGGUAUAGUGCUCUCCAGAAUACUGGGUUUUCUGAAGGGAAGAAGCAUGGAGGAGAUAGGAACAAGGUCCAUGUACCCUAAUAGUUGCUGUGUAUUUUGUAAGUAAAUGUUUUCAUGUAGUCGUAGAUUAACCAGUACUGGACUGGACUGUGGUUCUGUCUUUUGAACUCAUGGGACUCAUUUUGAGCCAAGAUGAACAACUUAUUUAAGUAGGACACGUUAAGAGUCUAAAAAUGUAAAGUUUGGUGAUUCUGUACCUGAAAUGUUCUUUUAUUUACUUACCGUUAGAAAAAGCAGCAGCAUCUGGGCACUGAUUAUUAGUUUGACUUCCGGACUGUGUCUUAACGCGGUGGUCCUCAGAGUAUGGUGCCUGGACCGAGAGCAUCAGCAGUACCUGGAGACUUGUCAGAGAUGCUGGAGGGUGGCCAGCCGUCUGUAGCUUCAGUCAUUUCCUCCAGGAAAUUAGAUGCAUGUUCAAGUUUGAGAACCACUGUUUUGAAGGAUACGUUUAUUUUUUUGCAUUUAUAGCAUUCAAUUGCAUUGAAGUGAAUGCUGUUACAUGUGAUUUCUUCCCAAAUGUUCAGAAGUUUACGCUUUGCCAAACAAGUGUGAGUAAUUGUAUGAUUUACCUUUAAAGUAUACAUUUUAAAGAAAUCUAUGAACAAGAUAUAAAAGUCUUCUGAGUUACAGAAUUUCUUCUCGCUCUCAGAACUGUUCAGUGCAAGAAGUACUGUAGUAAGUACUUAGAUACCUUCUAUUUGCUUAUACGCGUCUCUCAACCAAACCAAGUGUAGAAAACCAGUUAUCAAGUGAUUUUGCACUUUCUUGGGUCAUUUUCAAUUAACUUUUAUGGCAUGUAAAUAUUUAAUAAAAUACAAUGCUAAAAUUACCUGACUUGUUUUGUAACAGAGAAAUAUAUAACCAAAAUAAAGGUCCGUACAUGUGGUAACA